AGAACAGGUGAAGCCAUGUUUUGUGUUGGGGAGGUGUAGACAGUGCUGUGUGAUGGCUGCAUGCUGCAGGUGGAAUAACAGGGAGAGCGCAUCACUUCAACCCUAAAACUUACGUAAACUCCCGAGUAUGAAUGUUCUAGAUUCAAGAGAAACUGGAAUGAUCUGGUCAUUUACCAAAACUCACUGAAGCAAACCCUUGUGACAUCUCCAGACACUUCCACCAUCACAGGCAGAAAGGGCAUGGGGUGGCAAACAGGUUAGCAGAAAAGCCUCCAGAGGUGGCUGGAAGAUUUAGCUGCUCUUUGCCCCUUCCUGGCAGCCCAGGGCCCUCCUCCCGGGUACAGCCUGCACUAUGGACUCCCAGGGGUACAACUGCUUUGUGGACAGAGACAAGAUGGACACUGCCAUCCAGGACCUGGGACCCAAGGAACUGAGCUGCACCGAGCUGCAAGAACUGAAGCAGCUGGCCCGCCAGGGUUACUGGGCCCACAGCCAUGCUCUGCGGGGGAAGGUGUACCAGCGCCUGAUCCGGGACAUUCCCUGCCGCACAGUCACUCCCGAUGCCAGCGUGUACAGUGACAUUGUGGGCAAGAUCGUGGGCAAGCACAGCAGCAGCACCCUGCCCUUGCCUGAGUUUGUGGACAACACGCAAGUGCCCAGCUACUGCCUGAACACACGGGGUGAGGGUGCUGUUCGGAAGAUUCUGCUGUGCAUUGCCAACCAGUUCCCUGACAUCUCCUUCUGCCCCGCCCUGCCUGCGGUCGUAGCCCUGCUGCUGCACUACAGCAUCGAUGAAGCUGAGUGCUUUGAGAAGGCCUGCCGCAUCUUGGCCUGCAAUGACCCCAGCAAGAAGCUGAUCGAUCAGAGCUUUCUGGCCUUUGAGUCUUCCUGCAUGACAUUUGGGGACCUGGUGAACAAGUACUGUCAGGCAGCCCACAAGCUGAUGGUGGCCGUGUCGGAGGAUGUCCUGCAGGUCUAUGCGGACUGGCAGCGCUGGCUGUUUGGGGAGCUUCCCCUCAGCUACUUCGCUCGUGUCUUUGAUGUUUUUCUGGUGGAAGGUUACAAGGUGCUAUACCGCGUGGCAUUGGCAAUCCUCAAGUUCUUUCACAAGGUGAGAGCUGGACAGCCGCUUGAGUCAGAUAACGUGAAGCAGGACAUCCGCACCUUCGUCAAGGACAUCGCCAAGACCGUGUCUCCUGAGAAGCUGCUGGAGAAAGCAUUCGCCAUCCGCCUCUUCUCUCGGAAGGAGAUUCAGCUUCUGCAGAUGGCCAAUGAGAAAGCUCUGAAGCAGAGGGGUAUCACCGUCAAGCAGAAGAGUGUUUCACUUUCUAAAAGGCAGUUUGUGCACCUGGCUGUUCAUGCGGAGAACUUUCACUCGGAGAUUGUCAGUGUGAAGGAGAUGAGAGAUAUCUGGUCCUGGAUCCCUGAGCGAUUCGCCCUCUGUCAGCCCCUCCUGCUCUUCUCCUCACUGCAGCAUGGGUACAGCUUGACUAGGUUCUAUUUCCAGUGUGAAGGACACGAGCCCACCCUCCUGCUCAUUAAGACCACACAAAAGGAGGUGUGUGGAGCUUACCUGUCAACAGACUGGAGCGAGAGAAAUAAGUUUGGAGGCAAACUGGGCUUCUUUGGGACCGGAGAAUGCUUUGUGUUUAGGUUGCAGCCGGAGGUCCAGCGCUAUGAGUGGGUGGUCAUCAAACACCCAGAGCUGACUAAGCCAGUCUCCUUGGAGACCUCUGCCACUCCGUCCCGGCACUGCCACUCCGUGUCCUUGUCCACAUCCACAUCCUCAGAUCCUGCUGACCGCCUCUCACCGUUCCUGGCCACUCGGCACUUCAAUCUGCCCUCCAAGACUGAGUCCAUGUUCAUGGCUGGGGGCAGUGACUGCCUCAUCAUAGGUGGAGGGGGCGGCCAGGCCCUCUACAUCGAUGGGGACCUGAAUCGGGGCCGCACGGGCCACUGCGACACUUUCAACAACCAGCCCCUCUGCUCUGAGAACUUCCUCAUCGCUGCUGUGGAGGCCUGGGGCUUCCAGGACCCCGACACCUGCUGACAGGCCUGUGCUGAUGAGUCUGAAGCUUCUUCGGGGCCUCACUAUGUACUCACACUUGGAGAGGCCUCCCAAGAUGGCUAGGGGAGGGCCCUCUGACCUCAAACCAGCCAGCUCCGUUUCCAGGGGCCUGCCUGGAGAAGCCUGAACCCACGGAGCCUUCUCCAGUUCUCUUCCUCACAGUCAGAACCUCCUAAGCUCUCCUGCAGUCUCUGUGGUGGCCCCAUAUCUCCUCUAUGUCGCUGCAGUGACCUGGUUCCCAGAAUCCCAUCCAGACUCCUCAGCAUGUCGUGCUUGUCUCAUCCAGUCCUCCCCACAAGUCUGUGUGCCAGGUCUGCACCCUCCCUAACUCCCUGCCCUCACGGCACCUUCAAUGUGAGCCCCUCUGCAUGGCAUGUGUGUUCCCUCUGCAUCCCUCUCACAGCACUGUGAUCGGCUACAUAGUGUGACUUCCUUGUGCUGCCACCUUUCCUCUUCCACCCUGCCCUGCCUGGUUCUGCACUGGACUCAUGCACAGUAGGUGCCAAGUGAAGCUUGACCAAUGAACACUGCAAGGAGCAGCCCUCUUGCCCUAUGACCUCCCUCAGCUGGUCCUGAGGGCCUGGGCACCCAGGAGGGAAGAGGGGAGAAGCAGACACCCAAGUGACUGUGCUGCAGCAGCCUGGGCUGCAGGUGCCAAGGAUUACUGUCCUCCAGCCAGCCCCACCCCACCCCUCAGUGUUCCUACAUACCACAUCUCUGCCCGUCUGUACACUGUGCUUGCUCUUCUUGUGGUGUCCACCUACUCAAACUCCUCUGGCCAGACCACAGUGGGACUGAAGAAAGGACCAGGAACCCCGUGUGGCUUUGGACAAGCCAAUGAACUUAUUUGGAACUCAGUUUCCCCAACUGUAAAAUGGGACCAAUCCUGCUCUGCUGUCCCUCCAGGACUGUUGAAAGGCUGUGAGGGGAAAGGUGCUGGGAAGCGGUGUCACUGCUGACCCACCACCCCAGAUCACUGCAGCCCUCGCUACUCCCCCUUCCUCUGAGCCCCUACAGCCCUCGCUUCCCCCUUUCCUCU